GCUAGGAGAGCAUCUGCAUAUUUAUUAAGGCAAAAGAGGGAGAGGGAUUGUCAAUCACUCAGACCAGACCCUCCUGCUUCACUCCUAGGAGAAUAGGAUUCAACAAAGGAUCAGCGCAAAAGUUCAUGCAGCAGGCAGGGACAGGAAUAGAUAUGUUGAAAUUUAUGGAUAAGGAGCUGUCGAAAGAGAGUGACGGAGUGUACCCGUUAAUAGUACGAUUAGAGACGGUUCCGAAGAAUCCUCCUCCAGAUGCGCCUUCAAGAGAAAACGCCCCGCCGGGAGAGAUGCUGCCAAAGUGGGUUCAGGCACAGACCACAUAUGCGGUAAUAGAGAAGAGAGGCGAUACGUGGGGUGCUCGAGUGCUGAAGCAGAAGUUGUGGGUGAGCGGCCAGGUCUAUGAGCUGCAGGAGAUUUACGGCAUCGACAAUGGUGGAGGAGGGGGAGAAGAGACUGGCGAUACUGGAAAGGAAUGUGUUAUCUGCUUAUCGGAGCCAAGGGAUACAACCGUUCUUCCAUGCAGACACAUGUGCAUGUGUGUAAAAUGUGCAGACCAACUUCGGCACCAGACGAACCGCUGUCCCAUAUGCCGUUGCGUUGUGGAAUCACUUCUCGAGAUCAAUGUGAAUGAUCGGCAGGAUGCUUCAGCUCCUGAGUCACAGCUGAAUGCCCAGGAGGAUCCAGCUGGAUCGAGAGGCAAGGACCAGUCUCCACAAGAACGAGCACUGCAUGGUGCUGCCACUUGCAGUUCAAGUGGUCUGCCGCAGAAGCAAUAGUUCAUCUGUUGCAAUAAGGUGGUAGCCUGUGAUUUGAUCAUGGGACUUCGGCUACGGGGCAGGAGUGAAAAUAAUGACGACGAGGAACAGAGGCCAAGUUAGGAUCGGCCAGAUGCACACAGGCAUGGACUGCAGAUAGAGCGCUGGUCACGGCGGGAGUGUGCCCGGCCGGCCAGCAAGCUAGCCUCGGAUGUGCAGACGUUCGAACACACGUUGCAGACCGACAAACACGCACAGUCAUAGACGAGAUGUUGGUGAGUGUUCCUUCCGUUGGUUGAUGAACUGCUUGGCCGUUUUCUCAACGACAGGCGAUUCUUAGUCUCUAGUGAGAGACCUGUCAAUUCUCUUGUCAUUGUUGGAGGGGAGAGGCCGCUCUCAAGGUGAGGCCAUUUUUCCCAUUUCAAACAAUUGGUUAAAAAUUCUGAUGGGUACAUUUGAGGAGGAGUGAUUUCUCUCUCCCAACUGUUGCAGGGGCCCGUCCCGUUUAGGCUGGGCCAGUAAUAUGUCCUGCGGGCCCCUGGUGCUUGCUUCCACUGUGGACCAAGCGGGAGAGAGCCCAGUGAAAAAAACUGAGGGUUGCUGAACCGCCACUCGUUUUUCGAAUUGGAUUACUUUGUAGGGUAUAACACUCAUCUGCUGUUUGAGAUGGUCAUUGUUGGAACGAGGGCGGAUCAGAACUUCACUUCUUUAGCUGGGAAGUUUCCAGAGCAGCGGUGGUUUCCUGCUCGGCGCUCGGUCUUAUUCGCUGAGCCGGUAGUUGUCGUCGGGGGAAAGGGGUGCUGCUGCCGUAUGGGCUGACGGUUACGUGCGAGGGAACCCUUACCUAUUCUCCAGGGUUGAUGUCAAACACGUUUUGCUCUGAGAGAGGUGUAUGGGAAUGAAGCCGUAAAAAGGGAGGGAGGAAGUCGGUCGUUUGUAGAAGAGAGAGAGAGAGAGAGAGAGAGAGAGAGAGAGAGAGAGAGAGAGAGAGAGAGAGAGAGAGAGAGAGAGAGAGAGAGAGAGACUCUAGGCUGGAACUCCUGUUUUCAACAGUAGAUCUCUCUAGGGUUUGAGGCGGAGGACAUGAUGCUGGCCCGAGUAGCUGCAUGAGCGAAUGGCAAACACCUUUACUGCUGCAGGUCAUUUUUCAAGCGUAUAUUUUUCUCAGUUAGUGGGUAGCUGCUAGGGCGAAUGGCGUGGAGGUGAGUGGGCUGUGUGAAUGAUUCCUACACAAACUCACCUAAUGAUUUCUCUCUGUGUAAAUAUGUAGAACCAAUUGCAGCUAACGGCGCAUACGUCACACUUGGUUCCUGACGUGUAGGAGUGAGAGAGGUGGGGUGUGGAUGAAUCUCGCUAAAUGGGCGGCGGACGUUGGGAGAUUUCAGUGGUGUGAUUGGCGCGUGGCACAAGGAGCGGCGCGAAGGAGAUUUUCCGACGACAUUCAAAGGGAAGUGUUUCUCAAUCUUUAGCGACCAUUUGUUUGAUAAGUCUGUUGCUGGCAUCGGGCUUGCUGCUGAAACACAUGGAAAUGUUUUACUGAGCGUGUGUGUUUUAAGGAGGGAAUGAGGUAUUCGUUGGAGGGUGCUGCCUUGAUACGGAUGUUGUCUGUGUACGGUACAGUCGAUCAAAAAAUAAGAAGGGGAAGAAACGGAGGCUGAAGUGUGGCAGGGCGAUAGGGAAGGAGGAAAGGGAAGGAGAGGAUCUAAGGCCCUUGGGCUCCGACGCAAGGUGGGUAAUGAUUGUAUUGCGCAGCUGAAAUGAGUGGACGACAAAUAAGUGGCGAAAAUUUCUGGGCUCGAUCGGUUGUCUUAAGGGGGGUUGUGGUUUGAAAUCUUUACUGAAUAUCAUGACGAGAAGGGAGCGAGAGGCUCUAUUGGUUGCAUCUCUCCCCUGACCUUCUCCUCUUCUGUGUUCUUGGGAUUUUAUGUACCAUGGAAUAGUCUGCCUCGUGGAAUAGUCCGACUCAUGGUAUAGUCCGACUCAAGGAAUAGUCUGACUGGGGUGCGUGUUCAGGAGCUUUCUUUUUUGUUUUCCUCGGGAAGAAAGUAGAGGCGAGAUUCCAGUUGAGGGAUCAGGGGAAUGGGAGAGGGUCGAAAAUUAACUUGCACGCACGUAUGCAUACACACGCACAGAGAGAGCGAGAGAGACAGAACGGGGGGAUGUAUGUGUGUGUGUGUGUCGGAGAGAGAGAGAGAGAGAGAGAGAGAGAGAGAGAGAGAGAGAGAGAGAGAGAGAGAGAGAGAGAGAGAGAGAGAGAGANAGAGAGAGAGAGAGAGAGAGAGAGAGAGAGAGAGAGAGAGAGAGAGAGAGAGAGAGAGAGAGUCGUGGAGCACCAUCUGUUCUGCGAGGGGUCUGCUCGUUGAUGUAUUGCUGCAAGGUUGAGAAUGAGUGGCAAGGAGCGGCAUUUGAUGUCCCCUGGUUAGGGGUUUUCUUAUGCACUCACUGCGCUGGCAAAGUGUGGGUCCAUGCCUAGGAGGAGCUAUGGGCUGUGGGAAACGUGACUUGACGAGUCUGGAGUCUGUUUGCAUGAUGAAGGGAGGAUAUGCGUCUCCUAUUCCUGGAGCUAUGUAUUGAUGUCCCUGUAUUCAUGUGCGUUAGAAAAACCCUGCGUCAAUGAGUUGGAAGUCGAUGAGUUGAGAGAGGAUUUGAGAAUAGGCAGUCUGUUUUCGUGGGUCGAGAAGAGACAGGUUUUGUGGGUGGGAGGGGGGGGAUGCAUGGAAGGUAUGUGGAGACGGCUCGAGUUCAUUCUUUAACUGCUGUAUCAUCCCGAAAAGCGGACGUGAUUGAAAACCCUCGAGUUGUACGGCAUGCGCACAUCGAAUUUCGCUGCGAAAGAUAGAAUGAUUCUGAAUGAAUAAAUAAUUAAGGU